AGGAGGUUUUGUAAAUUAUCCAUAGUAGUGCUUCAAUUAAGCCAUAAUUUUCAUCCUAAAAGUAGGUAUAUAAACGACUCGUCGUUCAAGUGUGAUAUAAUCAUGCAGGCAUUGCAUCUCACAGAUAUAGCAGGAAAGAGGUAAAAGAUUGGAGUGGAAAAUGGGAUAAAAAUCAGCAGCGACUCCGCCACCGCCAUAAUCGAGUGUCAGCGAGAACCCCCGAUUUUCCAUCAUACCGUCAUUGCACUAUCUUUGUCAAAUAUAAGCUCUACUCUCUCAUUCUUCUUCUCCUUCUUCUUCUUUUCUAGCUAAUCAGCUCUAACCAUGGAAGGCCAAAAACUCCAAGUGCACGAGGGAACCACCAUCUCACAGCAUCUUUUAAGGUUCUUUGGCAUAGCAGCAUGCAUAAAGCUCCUAUUGAGCUCCACCAGUAUUGGCUUGCUUUUAUCUGACUCACUAUCCCCCCUCUUGAUGGUACUUUGAUGAUACGAGUCCAUGGACUUGUUUACCCUCCACUGUUUGCCUAUUAAGAAGAUAUUUUCUUCUUCUUUUCCCAUUUGGUUCACCCCCCAAUCCCAGUGGUUGACAUCCGCAAAGGCUUCAAUUGUAGAUCAAACACAGUAGUUUACUCCAAAGGAUCACUGUGAUCGUCUCAGAUUUGUUGUUUAUGUGGGGUUUAUAGAUUGAUUAAGAAAUUGGAGUUUACACGAGAACUUUAAUGUGGUUAGUGGUGGCUUGGUGGUCAGGGCUUAUAGUUUUCAGUACAAAUGGGUUUUUGUUAAGGCCGUUGACGAUGUGCAUUUCCUAAUUGCAAGAAGGGAGGGAUUUGGUAGGUGGCUUCUUUGCAGUUUUAUUAUGUUUUUAAGUACUUGUUUGCAAUGGCUACACCAGUUUGUUUUGUUUACUUGUUGCUGCAUUAUUGCUGGAAAUGUUUGUUAGGGGGUAGUGAGCUGCUUACUUGGGGGUUGUUGUCAUGGUGGUUCUGCUGCAUAUGGUUCAUUUUUGUGUCAUGGGCAGAUAAUUUAUGUCUCCUCUUAUUCCAAUUAGCAAAAAAUCAUUUUGGCAUUUAAUUAACAUGUCAUACUAAUAUGUUCAACUAAUCACAUAACUGUAUUUUUUUUUUCUAUUUAUUUUCCUAGUUAUGAUUUUAGGUUCCUGCAAAUGCCAGUAUAAUAUUGGAGUUUUAACACUGUAUAGUAAGAUCAUGCUUGUCAUUUUCUAUUUAGCAAUCUGUAGAUUUUUUCAGUUCUAGCAUAUAUCAUAUACAUGUACUAUUUUUGGAAUUUUUCAUAUAUUUAUACUAUUUUUAGAUUUCUAAUUGGACAGGGUAUUUUGUUUUUUUUUUAAUCACAUUUGUUAAUGUGUUUUAUGGUUCUUUUCCUAAUAUUUGAACUACAUCGAGUUCUUACCAGCCUUUUCAGUUGCCCGGCAUCAGCAUAUACUACAUUGAGCAAUCUGUCAAUUGCAUAAAAUUAGGAAUAUAACCUAGUCAAAAUCCCAUAGUGUAUUGGGCCAAUAUAAAGCAGAGGAUUUGCUAAUCAGGUGUUUGACAAAUCUCAUUUAAGAUGGAGUUUAACAUGUAUAUGUGUUGAAUUCCACAUCGGUUGUGGAAAGAGGUAAUAUGUUCCUUAUAUGGGCAAUAGGCAAUCUCCUCUUUGAACUAGCUUUUGGGUGAGUUAGGUCUGACCCAAAUUUAACAAUAUGUUAGGCUACAAAAUCUGUUUCCAUGGCGCACAUACACGCACCCAUGAGUAGUUCCAUGUGUUACUAAGAAGAGCUUCUAAGCUAACUGCUUGUGUAAAUCUACGAUUUGCAUAUUUUGUGAAAACAAAUGUGUGGUAGACCUAAUCUUUAUAUCUGAUAUAUUCAAGUCAUUUCCUUUUUUUGUGACAAUGUGCUCUCUCUCUCCCUCUAUGACACACACACAUUCAAAUGUUAUUGCAGAUGUAGCAUAGCUUCCUAAUUUCCCAAUUCCUAUACGUAAUUCAUAUUCUGCAGAUGCAAAAAUAAAAAACUCUAUCUAUGCUUUGCAGAUACAAAUAUAGUGUUCUUGCAGAUUUAAUUUGAUGACUAAAAACUUAAUCAUUAGCAUCUUUUUUUUUUUUACUUUUGCAUAGAGCAUUACUUAUAAAUUUGUACCUUGUAAAUACAAGAAAUGGUUAAUUUUGUACCUUGUAAAUACAAGAAGUUAACCAUUGCAUGUUUCUCUCUUGCAACAGAUUUUGCCAGGGCCACAAACUUUUGGAUUUUAUGUUAAAUUAGAUAAAGGGCAGGCUAGCUAUUUUGCUAUGUAACUAUUCAUCAUAAUGAGUGCUUCCCAUCUCUUACUUAGCACGGUGUUAUUGAGACAAGACCUCUUAUGCCCACUCUUCCAAUUGAAACUUCUCUUCUUCCAAGCAGAGAACUUGGACUAAACAUCCAAGCAUUUGGCUUCAAAGAAUCCCCAACUGCAGUCGGUUGCUACAUGGAUUCCUUAUGCUUAUACAUGUGCCUUUUUGUAUGGGUGGUAUCAGGCAUGUCUAUGAAAAAGCAUCACACCAUGUUGCCAUCUCUUGGCUAUUGUUCAUUACUUCUUGUCUGCUAUAGGAACAUUCUAAGUGUUGAUGUUGCUAUUGCACUCCAUUCUUAUAUGGCAUGGCACAGUUUUUCUGCACAAAUCACUAAGAAGGAUGCAGCAGCUAGAGUGACUAUCAGUGAAGAGAGGUGAACAAUCAAGUUCACUGGGAACUUCAUGUGGAACUGUUGAGUGAAGAAAGAAAUUUUGAAAUACUUACUUGGUGGCUUGGGAAGUGAUUUAACAGCCAAAAGAAAGAAUAGGUAACACUUCCCAAUUCUUACCACCUUAGUGAUAAGCUUCCCUUUGGAUCCCUUUUAGUGGUUUCUAUUCUAUAUAUUACGCCUUGUAAGUUAUUUACUCAAGGAUAUGGCGGGUGAGACGUCUCAUGAUAUCCACCUAUUUUUCAAUCGUUUAAGUGAUGUUUACAGGCAUCCGAGAAUAAAUCUUUUUUUUUUUUUACUUUUUC